AUGGAAUCUCGGUUGCCAUCCAAAUUGGAACCGUUGUCGACAUCCAAUAGCGACCUAGUAGGCCCUUCAAACGGCAACUGGGUUGUACAAAAGUUUGGAGGUACCAGUGUGGGCAAGUUCGCCCUUAAUAUCAUUGAUCAAGUUGUUCUACCUAGCCUUUUAGAUCACAGUGUGGCAAUAGUCUGCUCUGCAAGAAGUAGCUCUACAAAAGCUGAAGGUACUACCAAUCGGCUGUUACGCGCAGCGCGGGAUGCAGAGAAUGCGGAAUCUAAAAACUACGUCUCUCUCGUCGAGGCGGUCCGAUUGGAACAUAUCGAAGUAGUCGAGAGUCAAAUUAAUUCCAAGGGACUAAGGCUUCAGUUAGUUACCGAGAUUAACGAUGAAUGUGAAAAGGUUCUGAAGGUCUUGGAGGCUGCUCAGACGCUCGGGGAGAUCAGUGUCCGCUGUGUGGAUAAAGUUAUGAGUACAGGAGAGAAGCUUAGUUGUCGACUUAUGGCAGCUUUCCUCCAGGACCGAGGAGUAGAUUCGGAAUAUGUGGAUUUGGCUGAGAUUGUCGACUUUACUAUCUCAAGCCAGGGUCUCGACCAGGAAUUCUACAACAACCUCGCCAGCACUCUCGGUAAAAAAAUCCGAGCUUGUGAGGGCAGAGUUCCAGUUGUAACUGGGUUCUUUGGGACCAUACCAGGCGGUCUUCUUGAUCAAAUAGGGCGGGGCUAUACAGAUCUUUGCGCCGCCCUAGUCGCCGUUGGGAUACGUGCCAAAGAACUACAGGUAUGGAAGGAAGUCGACGGAAUAUUCACAGCAGAUCCCCGGAAAGUGCCAACUGCGCGUAUUCUUCCGGCAAUCACACCUGCAGAAGCCGCUGAACUGACAUUUUAUGGCUCAGAGGUCAUCCAUCCAUUCACCAUGGAACAAGUCAUCCGCGCGAGAAUUCCCAUUCGUAUCAAGAAUGUCAUGAACCCGAAAGGCAAUGGCACUAUCAUUUUCCCUGAUUCCUCUUAUAAAUUGGAGAAGGCGGCCAUAGGGCAUGACCCCAGAUUGUUCCGUACACGCAGUCCAAGUCUUGUGCAGACGCCGAAGCGUCCUACCGCUGUAACUAUCAAGCACAAGAUUCUCGUGAUCAAUGUCCACUCCAACAAACGCUCCCUGUCGCAUGGGUUCUUUGCUGGCAUCUUCUCUGUCCUUGACCGAUGGAGGCUCUCAAUCGAUCUGAUAUCCACCAGUGAAGUGCAUGUGUCCAUGGCUCUUCAUUCUGAGUCGCCUCUUCUCAAUGGAGUCGGCAGGGAUGAAUAUCAAAUUAUUGACGAGGACUUGAAGGGCGCGUUACGUGACCUACAGAAAUAUGGGACAGUCGAUAUAAUCCCAGAGAUGGCCAUCCUGAGCCUUGUUGGCAAACAAAUGAAGAACAUGAUUGGUGUUGCCGGGCGGAUGUUUACAACCCUUGGAGAAAAUAAUGUGAACAUUGAGAUGAUCUCCCAAGGUGCGAGCGAAAUCAAUAUAUCAUGCGUCAUCGAAGAGAGAGACGCAGACCGUGCCCUGAACAUUAUUCAUACGAGCAUGUUCACAUUUCUAGACUAG